AUGGCCAUCCAAGGGCAACAGCUUCCAACUACACCGUACCAAGGGCCAACGCACCACCCGUUGCCGCGUCACAAGAAAGAUGCCACACUGGUCGUCCAACUCUACACUCCGUCAGUUCCAUCCACAGUUGAUUGGAUUGUUCCACCUGCCCAAGAAAACCUACUCUUGUUUGCCAACAGAAAGGAGUACACCGCGUCCGAUACCACAACGCAACGCCUAGGUAACCCUGGUGCCACCCCUCGUGGAUGA